GCGAGCAGGACGUGUGCGGCGGUAAUGGCUGCCAGGGAGAGGGAGGGAGACAACAAACGAAGCCCCGACAAGCGAGCCUAAGUGAGGACUAGGAUGGUAAGCAGCCAGCCGAAGUACGAGCUGAUCCAGGAGGUGGGGCGUGGCAGUUACGGCGUGGUCUAUGAAGCAGUAGUGAAGCGCACAGGGGCCCGAGUAGCGGUGAAGAAGAUCCGCUGUCACUCUCCAGAGAAUGUGGAGCUGGCUCUGCGGGAGUUUUGGGCCCUAAGCAGUAUCCAAAGCCAGCACCCCAAUGUCAUCCACCUGGAGGAGUGUAUCCUGCAGCGGGACCAGCUGGCCCAGAGGAUGAACCAUGGCUCCAGCUCCCCGCUCUACCUGGAGCUGGUGGAGACGUCUCUUAAAGGCGAGAUCACCUUUGACCCGUGCUGUGCCUACUACUUGUGGUUCGUCAUGGACUUCUGUGAUGGGGGUGACAUGAACGCCUACAUUCUAUCUCGCAAGCCCAGUCGCAAGACCAACACCAGCUUCAUGCUCCAGCUGGGCAGUGCCCUGGCCUUCCUGCACCGCAACCAGAUCAUACACCGCGACCUCAAACCGGACAACAUCCUCAUCUCCCAGGCCUGGACACCAGCCGGGUCGUCUGAGCCCAUCCUCAAAGUGGCCGACUUUGGCCUGAGCAAAGUCUGUUCCACCUCCGGGCUCAACCCAGAGGAGCCAGCCAGUGUCAACAAGUGCUUCCUGUCCACAGCUUGUGGAACAGACUUCUACAUGGCCCCGGAGGUCUGGGAAGGCCACUACACUGCCAAGGCAGAUAUCUUUGCCCUGGGGGUGAUUAUCUGGGCCAUGGUGGAGCGCAUCACCUUUGUGGAUGUGGAGACCCAGAAGGAGCUGCUGGGGAGCUAUGUGCUGCAGGGCACAGAGAUUAUACCCUUAGGGGAAGCCCUGUUGGAGAACCCAAAGAUGGAGCUGCUGAUCCCCGCCAGGAAAAAGAGCAUGAACAGCCACAUGAAGCAGCUGAUCAGGGACAUGCUGGCGGCCAACCCUCAGGAACGGCCCGACGCCUUUGAGCUGGAGCUCAGACUGGUCCGUAUUGCCUGCAGAGAACUGGACUGGGACACGUGAUGGAUGUGAUGGACCACAUACUCAGUCAAUCAAGCACAUGUACACAUCACAUCAUCUACUCUUAACCUAGAUGGUCUUUUUUUUUUUAACUAGAGAACAAUAACUAGAAUAAUCAUUGCAUCGUGGCUGAAACCUCAUCCACUUUCCAAGAGCAUUCAGUCCUCUGCUAGCUUUGUCUUUAUAAUGAAGAGGAGAGGUGUGACACCAACCGCUGCUGCUGCUGCUGCUGCUCCUCAAACUGCAGCUUAGUCUCAGGCUAAUCACACCACAGCUUCCACUUCGUCCUAACAGCUCCACUCAAGCAUGAUGAAGGAGGCGAAUGACCCCAAAAGUCUUCGAUUCAUUUAGAAGUAAAAGUAAAACCGUUUGUCUACAAAUACCACCUUGGACUCGGUGCUAAUUGUUACCAAAUGCAAUAUGAGACAUAAUCCUGUGAUUUUUAAAGUGUACAUUUAUCCAAAAACCCAGUCACCUCAGUAUGUAGAAUGUUGUGAAGCUGUGUGUGGCUUUAACAGAACCAGAGUUACAAACUGUUUUCUGCCUGGACAUCACCACCAGCACUAAAAUGUACAUCCAGAUUUGAUCCUGUUUUGGCAUCAAAUGCAGAUAUGCACUGAAUGCUCAGGUAAUAAAAACAUACAGUGUGGUGGUAUUUGUAGACAAAUAUCUACUGAUAAGAUUGGACUUAGGGGGUAAGAAAACCAAACUUCGGUGCUGGAAGAUAACAAAUAGUUUCCGUUGGUUGUGUGGGUGGAGGAUGGUUUAUCAGUUAGUAUCCAACCUGCAGGCUCUUGUUUUGGCGUUUUCUUCUAUAACCCCAUUGCAAAUUUCAAGAUAAGUGGAUUGGUCCAAGACACACCCCUAACUAGAGAAUGUAAAAUGAUCGCGACAGGCAACCUUUAUUUGUUUAGAGCCUUAAGGCCGGUGCAUGCUUCUACGUUUUCACGGGAACAGAGACGCAGGAGCCCUUCCGGGCCCCUCACGGCCCUUCCUACGUCCUUACGUGCGUCGGCCAAUUUUUCUAACUAGACGGCAAAGCCCCGCAAGCGUCACCCGGCCGCGAGGGCUGUGAUUGGUCUGCUGACUACAUCAUUUCCGGAGUCGCAUUUCCGGUUCAUGCCCGGAAACCACGGAAGAUUUAGAAGAACGAAUAUGGACCAGAUAGAAGAGCACUUGGCAGAAGAGAUCCGACACUAUGUCCACUAGUAUAACCCGUCACUAACCGGCGGAUUUUUCCGCCAGAAAAAGGCUCUGCGGAGCCGCCGUGGCGAUGUAAAUAAAUCGCUCUUCUUCGUGCAACACACGAAGAAGAGCCGACUUCGACAAAAAACAUUACUGCGCCUAGUGUUCUGGUGGGGAAUUGCAUGGCAACACGCGCAACGGUUGGAGAACCAUGAAUGACAACGAGUCCUGCGUUACAGCUGCGUGCCUGCGGGCCCCUGACGACGCAGAAGCAUGCGCCGGCCUUUAAACGCAAACAGACCCAACAUAAUGACAAAGCACUUCACACAGUUUGUGAGGAUGAAUCUGGUUUGUCUCAACUUGGGCAACCUCAUUUUCAGGCUUUUGGCCAAUAAUCCUAUUGAUAAUAACAAUAUAUUCCCAAAGUUAAUUGCCCCCCACUUAACUUAAGUUUUUGCUGCUGCACCUCUUGAAGUUAAUGUUUUACAGAUGGAGAACCCACGAUUUAGCCUUUACAAUACUUAUUCUGUACAACAUAAUCAAACAAACUUAAGCUGCAGAUAAAUCUUUCAUUUGUUUAGUUUUUUAAAGAAAUGCCCAAAUUUUCCAGUUCCAUCUCCUUCAUUACGAAUAUUGCCUGGUUUCCUGAGUCUGUUUGAUUACAAAUUGAAUGUAUUUGGGUUUUGGACUCUUGAUCAAAGAAAACAAGACAUUUGAAUACAUCACUUUAGACUCUGGGGAACUGCAAAAAGCCUGUUGUUGAACUUUUCCACUAAUCUUCAUUAUGGAUUCAUCAAUAAUAACUAGAAGAGUUAAUAAUAAAUGUAUUAAUAUUUUAUUUAUAAUCCAAAAAAAAUCUUAACAAACAAAGAUACUGCCAUUCAGCUGUAAGACAGCUGAACUUUUGCUAGAUUGUAAGAAUUGAAGUUUUUCAUAAAUCUACUCGAGCAUGUACAUGGACACAUCAUCAGUGUGACAUCUGAGUCCAGGCGACUUGUGUUGAAACGUUUCACGUCAACUUCUUUAAAUUCAGUAAAACAACUCUGAAACAGUAGCCUCUGUUUUACACAGACUCUCACACUGAAUGUAUCAGCUGUGAACAAGGCUUAUUCUAAUGUACUAAUGAAGCCCCACAUAAUAAUAUACUGAGGGAAUGGUGAUCAUUGCAAACAAGUUUAGGCUGUAAAUGCUGAGGUAUGUGGCAUUGAUCCAUGUCACAUACUUAUACAUGGGAAUCACCUACUGCGUGACUCUUUAGUUACUGGAAGAGAAAACAAAGGCGUCACCCAAACUGAGUGUUGUAAACAUCCACCACAGGUAACAGACUAAACUCCUGGUUCAGCUUUGGCCUACCAUAAUAGUCAUUGUGCACAUGAUAACUUCUUAUGCGUAAUGAGUGAUUAUUAUUACCAUAACUUUGGAAACUCUUUGUUUCCGUAUCACCUCAGAGUGUUUUUCUAUAAUUUGUCGGCGAGUUUACGACCUGUUCAUAUUUUUGGGUUGUUAUUUUUGCCUCAUCUGUCUUGAUUAUAAUGGUACCAUGCUCUGUAGGAUAAAUACGAUGUUAUCUCAGCCAGUAGAAAUAAUGUCCACAAGUGUGAAAAGCCCAGAAUCAUCAAUAAUAAUGAGAUGAAAAUUUAAACCUAGCGAGCACGACAAUGAAGAAGUGUGCUCUAUGUUCAGAUAACUCACCAACACAUGGCAAACAACCAUGAUGACAGAAUUGCUAUGUUGCCUAAACAUACAUUAAAUCAUGUGAAGCGUGAGCCGCUUGAAUUAUAAGAGCAGGGACAUGAAUAUUCAGUCCCUCGUCCAUUUAGACCUGAUUGAGCGAAAGCGGUGAGGCGUUUAGUGACAGCACUUUGAUUUGGGGCUUUAUAUUUAGUCCCAGUAACUACAGUCUGCAUCAUAUGGAGGAGCUCUGUGAGGCUGGACUGCGUGUGAUAACUGGGUUGCUAUUUGUUUAUCAGGCAAACACAAUGUCAGCCAACAGUCUACUUAUGCAUGCAGUGCCUCUCACCUUCAGGGAAGAAGCGAGAGAAGACACCAGCUCGCACAAUCCUCCAUGAGCUAGAUGAUCUCUGCUCUUUUUCUUUUUUUUGCUUUCAUUUUAUCCUUUGACACAAAAUACUGUUGUGUUUAACUUGAUCUCCUUUCACUGUGUCACUGCUCCUCGUUUCCUCGGGCUCUGGAUCUUACAGUAAUCCCUUUCUUCAUGCUUCCGACAGGCUAAUUCUAAGCCUAUUAAGUUGUUGCAGCACUUGGCAGAGGAUCAGGCCCGGGACCCCUUUUGCCUUCCAGGUCAUACAUAAUUUGUGCACUUUUGCAAAUUUGACAAAACCCUGUAAAAAACAAACAGUCUUGGCUUCUUCGUUCGCUCUCAAACUCUGGCAGAAGAUCAGGUUUCCCUUCGACUUGUUGCCAACAUUUAUCUGAUACAGGGCCUUAAAUUCUCCCCGUAGCUGUAAUAGUUUUAUUUCCUCAUGAUGCGAUCAAAAUUUGCCUUAUUUCACUUUCAUUUUGACACUAGAGUGCCCUCAUCAAUAUUAUACUCAAACACAGAAUUGGCAGAGGUCGUGCUUGAGACGCAACCGGUUUUGCUGACUCAGCGAGGUGCUUUUUGGUAUGAACAGCAAUACCAAGAAUCAGUAUUAAAACGCCUGCCUCUACGCUGCUUCAGACAAUGCUGCGUUGCUUCAAGUAUGUGAUUUGUGUCUUCCUGUACACAAAGUAGGUCACACAUAAAAUCAGAGCUCAAAGCCGAGCAGUGAAUGACGGGUGGAGUCACUUCCGAUUUGAUUUCUUACUUUAUCCCUUGUAAAGAAAAAAAAAAGGGGGGAUGGGCAUUUCAGUUCCUGUGAGGUUUACCAAACAAAUGCUAGAUCUGUGGUAUCGAGAGAUUUCAACCUUUUGAUUUAUUGUAUUCAAUUCCUUUGCACAUGUGUAAAUACUGUAUAUGAUAAACAGGGGAUGAACAAGGGUGAUGUACAUUUGAUUGGAUGUGCUCUGUUUUCAAGAGCCAGACUUGUUUGUAAAUUGCUGUGAUGGAAUCGGUUUUUCUUCAGCUCUUAAUUGCGCUUCAGUUUACUUCAAUCAUGGAAAAAGUUGUGAUAUAUUUCCAGGUUAAUAAUGUCGGUGUGCUAGUGAUAAUUGUAUGUUUUACAUUGGCCUAUUUUUUGUGAUUUUCUGUCAAAGCAAAGCUGGUAUACAACUUUGGUCAACUCUGUCGUCUUUUCUGUCUGGUACUGGACUAUCUGGAAAUAGAACAGUCUCAUUUGGAAUUCUGGGACGUGAAUCAAAUUCACCACUGUACGUAGAUCUGAUCCAGGACCAUCACAUAAUGUACCAUGGCACUGCUCAUGCUGUGUCCGGGGACUUGGAUGUUUCAGUCACUGUGUGGCUCAUGAAUUUGUUACAUUAAAUAUGUUGAAAAACAAGAACUCACCUGAUGGAAGGCACUUUGUUUUGGUGACUGUGAAGAAAAGCUCAGUACAAAAGAUGUAAUCAUGACAUAACAUUCAAUAAAAACCUUUAAA